AAAUGGGAAUCUAGAGCGCAGAGAGGAAAAGAGACGCAAGAGACUGAUAAACCAAGAGAGCAGGCGAAAAAAGUGGAGACAGAUUUAUUUUACGCACGGGAAAGACAGGGAAACGAGUAGAAGAAAGGAAAGGGGAGAAGGAAAAGAGGAAUCGAUUUCGCCCCCCCCCCCCCCCCCCCCACCCCCCCAAAUUUGGCUUCUUUCACUCUCAUGACUCAAAGAGGAUUCCAGUUAAAUUCACCCUGUCGGGAGGAAUUGAUGGUGUCUUUUCAGGGAAGCAGAGCCGAGGGGAGGAAUCUGAACGCGCUCGGCUGAACCAUGCCAGCCCUGUGGAUCAUAACUUUGGCGAUCACUUUGAACCAAGUGUGGUGCAUUCGCUUCUCCCAGGAGCCCGCGGACCAGUCGGUGGUACUGGGAGAACGGGUGGUGUUGUCCUGCGUGGUCUUCAACUACAGCGGCAUCGUCCAGUGGACCAAGGACGGCCUGGCCCUCGGCAUCGGAGAGGGUCUCCGAGCCUGGCCCAGGUAUCGUGUGCUGCGGGCUCUGGACAUCGGCCAGUACAACCUGGAGAUCUCCAAUUCUGAGCUGUCUGAUGACUCUCUGUACGAGUGUCAGGCCACAGAGGCCGCCCUGCGCUCCAGGAGGGCCAAACUCAAUGUACUCAUUCCCCCUGAGGACCCAGUGGUUGAUGGAUCCCCAGAGCUCCUCCUGAGGGCUGGAACUCCAUACAACCUGACCUGUGUGACCCGCGGGGCUAAGCCUGCAGCACACAUCCAGUGGACCAAGGAUGGAGUCGCUGUGGAGGGGGCCUACCAGUCUACGGAAGUGCUACCAGACAGGAAGAGGGUGACGACCAGGAGCUACCUGCCCAUCACACCAGCUGACACUGACAGCAAUAGCAACUUCACCUGUGUGGCCAGCAACCCGGCGGUGCCAAUGGGCAAACGAGCCACUGUUACCCUCAACGUCCACCACCCUCCUAUGGUGACCCUGUCCAUUGAGCCUCGCUCUGUCCUGGAGGGUGAGAGAGUCACCUUCACCUGCCAGGCCACUGCCAACCCUCCCAUAAUGGGCUACAGGUGGGCAAAAGGUGGCGUGCUGCUGGAGGGGGCCAGAGAAAGUGUGUUUGUCACCACAGCAGAUCACUCCUUCUUCACCGAACCCGUGUCCUGUCAGGUUUAUAACGCUGUGGGAAACACCAACGUCAGCAUCCUGGUGGACGUGCACUUUGGCCCAAUACUGGUGGUGGAGCCCAGGCCAGUUACGGUAGAUGUGGACUCUGACGUCAGUCUGAACUGCAAGUGGUCUGGCAACCCCCCUCUCACCCUCACCUGGACCAAGAAGGGCUCCAACAUGGUGCUCAGCAACAACAACCAGCUGUAUCUGAAGUCAGUGAGCCAGGCCGAUGCAGGCCAAUAUGUCUGCAAGGCCAUUGUGCCCCGGAUUGGAGUGGGAGAGACUGAGGUUACACUCACUGUCAACGGCCCCCCCAUCAUCUCCAGUGAUCCAGUCCAGUACGCGGUCAGAGGAGAGAGAGGCGAGAUCAAGUGUUACAUCGCGAGCACCCCCCCACCUGAUAAGAUUGUCUGGGCGUGGAAGGAGAAUGUGUGGGAGAAAGAGAAGGGCACCCUGAUGGAGAGGUAUACUGUGGAGCAGAGUAAACCUCCGUCCCAGGGCGGGGCCGUCCUCUCCACCCUCACCAUAAAUAAUGUCAUGGAGUCAGACUUCCACUCACCCUACAACUGCACCGCCUGGAACUCCUUCGGACCCGGCACCAUGAUCAUCACCCUGGAGGAGAAGGAUAUUGUUCCAGUGGGAAUUAUCGCCGGUGGUACGGUGGGCUCCUCCAUUCUGCUGCUUAUGUUUCUACUGGCUCUCGCCUUCUUCCUGUACCGCCAACGCAAAGGCAGUCGCCGAGGUGUCACCCUCGGUAAACCAGACAUCAAGGUGGAGACAGUCAACAAAGAGACCCACAGCCUGGAGGAGGAGGCGGCCGACGUCUCCACGGCAACCCGGAUGGUCAAGGCCAUGUACUCUUUUCUGCCCUCUGUUUCCCUCUCUCCCUCCACUCAGCCGUUCAAAGACGACAUGGACUUGAAGCAGGACAUCAGGAGCGAGAGCGACACCAGAGAGGAGUACGAGCUCAAGGAUCCAACCAAUGGCUACUACAACGUCCGAGCCACCACCCAUGAUGAGGCGCGCCCCCAGUCCCGUGCCAUCCACUACCAGGGAGAGUUUCGCCCCCCGAACCCAAACAGUGGACCAGCCGGUGCCACUUCCAGCGGACCCUCAGCUACACCCAGCGGUGCUGUUCCCCCCAGCGCCGUGCCAGGCUCAAGAGCAGGCUGCUACGACCCCCGCCCGCCUUCCAGGAUGUCCCAUGCCACCUACGCCCAGUUCAAUACCUUCUCCAGGGUGCCGCAGAGCCAGCAAGCGCCUCCCAAUCCAGCUCUUCAAUCACCUGGAGAUUACCCCGGAGAUUGUGGCCUGCUGGAAAGCACAACCCAGCUGGCCUAUGACAACUAUGGAUACCCCUCCCAGUAUCCUAGCUACCGCAUGGGCUUUGCCCCGCCCAUAGAGGAAGGACCAGCCUAUGAGAUGUAUCCAACAGGACAAGGGACUGGGCCAGGACCAGGUCCCGGGCCAGCGCCAGGACCAGCACUGGGACAACAAAGUCCUGAAACAGGGCUAGGGCAGUAUGGCAGCUCCACUCGCUUCUCGUACUCGUCUCCACCCUCUGACUAUUCCCAAAGACACACACAGCGGAUGCAGACUCAUGUUUGAGAAACACAAAUACACACUCUUUGACUUUAUUUUUGCAACAGCAGUACUUCUUACACGUAAAACAAGUCAUACAUAAAUGUAAAAAAAAGACGUAAACAAAUCUGUUUUCUUUCUCCAUAGCAUCCAAUGCAUGGAUUUUGGUUCAUUUUCUGAACCAAAAAAAAAAAACUCCCCAACAACGCACAGCAGUUAGCAGCAUCGCAUAUUAAUACAGUUAGCAGCAAUACAUGCAAAGUGACAUUCACACACAUUUGCGCAGACCUUCUGUUGUGUGCAGUGUUUAUGCUCCAACAAAAGCAAAGCGAGAACCACAAUCAAGAGAAAAGAGACAAAAAGAGCGGCAGGAGCUUCAGGAGGAGCAGAGGAACCUUUUUUUCCCCUGCAAUCCUCAUCCUGCUCACAUUUUCCUCCCAUCUCUGUAAAUAAGUGCAAAUGGAGAUUUGGGUUAUUUUAAAGUUAAUUCCUUGUACAAACCUACACAGUGUGAUGCAGUACAGUGACCUACAGCAAACCUCCCUGCAUUUUCUGACUCUCACAUAUCGCAAAAAAACCCUCCACACAUACACACAGAUCUGUAAAGACUUGUUUGUUUCAAUGUAUUGCAACAACGAGGCAGCUUGGACUAUAAAUAUAUCUGGCACUUUUUGAUCCCUUUUCCUGACUAAAGCCUGUCCAGUGCCCUUUGCUUACAAGAUCUACCUUGAUUUAAGUGGGACAGAGCUUUUUAAAGUGGUGCCAAUGCUUAUGUGCCAACACACAAACUAUUAUAUUAAGGUGUGGCUUCUUUUGUAAAGCGUGGACAAUGAGACGCUCUGAACAACGACAAAGGUUUUGUAUGUGCUACAUUUGAGAGGAAAGGAAAGGAGUGGUAGCAAGUGUCUCUAAAUGCUCAUUCUCCUCCUCAUCUUAUUUUUUAUCAUCAUGAACAUUUCACUCGAGGUCAAUGCUGUAUAUACAGUAUUUGUGAAACAAGGUGUGGCGGGAGUGCUUUUUCAUUCAAUGAAUUUCUGCAAUUUGUACAAAAAGAUACCUCCCCUACCUUCAAGUGUCAAAAAGUAUUUGUUUCUCUCACUUGCACAGUAGAAUAGAUUUUUUUUCCAUAUUUAUACCGAAACGUAUAAAAAAAUGGCAUUCAGAAACAUUUUAUAGUAUUUUUAUAAGGAGUUGUGGACCAAAGGUUCAGCGUUUUGGGUAAAACUCACUUUUUAAUGUGUAUGUGGCGACGUGAUCGUUUUUGGAAAUGCUUUGACUUUCUUUAAGAGGCGAUGGAUGGUGUUUUUUUUAGAGUGGAUAUUGCAGAUUUCAAUUAGAAAAUUUUAAGAGCUUCUUUCCCAAAUUUUAAAUAUCCAGCAAGGGGAAUCAGUUUGGUGGAUAUCUCUAUUUGGUGUGAAACUCUUUCUUUGACUUCCAGUCUUCUGACUGGACUGCCUUUUUGACUGUCGACGACAUUCAAAAUGAUGGAUGGAGAACAAGCGGCUGCUCACUUUGAGCUGUGCUUUGAACUUUGUAAGCAAUGAGAAAGGUUCCAGUGUAGUCUAACAUAUCAAAACGAAGGUACAGAGGAUUCUAUCUAGCUCAUAUGUACAUUUAUAUGUAAGUAUAUUGGUUUGUUCACUGCAACAGAAAUUUGGUGGUAUUUUAUGUCAGAGAUUUUCCCAUUAUAUUGUGUCAGCUUUGGUACGUAUGAUUGGCCUUUAACCGCACAGGUUCAUAAUGAUGAGCGUUUAAAACCUCUACGGACACAGCUACUGUACAAGUCCCAUGUUUUAAGUAAGACGUUAUAAAAAGGAAGCCUUAUUUUAUCAAAAAAAAAAAAAGGUUUUGUUUCCUAAAUGAUUUUGGAGCUUACCGACAACACCAACUGUGACCCUGUAUCAGUUUAAAGACAUUUAUUUGACAAGAAAGUGUAAAGAAGGGAAAGCUUUGCAUGGCUACAUUUGACUGCUCCAUUUUUUUAUUCCCCAUAUAUUAGUAUGUUACAAACUCACAUCUCUAGAGAAACAAACACAGACAAUCGAUUGGCUGUUGAUGAGCAGGCAGCACAACAAAUUUGGUUUUGGCCAACCUAUGUGAGAUAUUUCUCCUGCGAUUUACCUCUACAGGAAAUGAUUUGACUUCCAGCCACUUAUUUAUAGUGUUGUUUGUAGUGUGAACACUGCAUCGAAAACACUUGUCUAAAGCAGCUAGUCAUGCUUAAGUAAGAUCAGUGAAAAACAGCUGCUACGGUCUGCCAUCAUGUUCCCACAGUGACAAUCAUGUGUUGAUUAGACCCCAUAGCGGCAGCAUCAAUCUUUCCUACAUACUGAGCUUGAAAUUGUAAGGAUCAUUGAAUAAUACAUGACUUUUGUAAACUUGUGUGGCAACCACCAAGAAUUGCUUUUUACAUUUUAUUUAUUUUUACCUUUCCUUAAUGGCACAUUUACUUUACUGAAUAGUCAAAGACGAGUAACAAGAGGGACUUUAAUAAGCAACGAUGAGUCCCCCCACCUGUAUCUCUACCAUACAUUUUUGAGUAUGAAAAAUGAUAGCAGAUAAGGAGGUGCUUUGCGAAAGUCCAGAGGCCGCAAAGUGAAACCAGAAAACUCAGCACCUCUAGCGGUAAUCAUUGAGUCUUCAUACUUAUCAGCCACUCUAUCAACCCCUCACAGAUACAGUAUAUUAUGGUAAUUUUGUGCUAAGGGGCAUUAAAUGUUUUAUUUAUUGCCCCUAUUUUGAAUAAACACUUUCAGACAGGAAACCACAGCCACGCCGUUUCUGAUUAGAAUAUCAGAUGGAACCUUGUUGCUCCAAGGUCACUAUAUAAACCAUUUCAGUAGUUAUAAAGAGAAGAACGGCAGAUGGAGCACCCUUUUAAAUUUAUAUGGUUAUCACAGCCUUGGUACCGCAUACUAUUACCACUUUACAACCUUUUUACAGAGUUGUAGCUGUGCAGUAUUUUGCAUCGGACUUGAAAUGUCAUUAUGACCUUGUGUAGAAUGAGUAAAUCUGACACUGAGGAGGUACUGAGGCCAACAAAUACACGGCCAUUCAGGUACUUAGUCAUUACCUCUUAACUAUUUACAGUCUGUUGACAUUGGGGAAAUAUAAAUAUGUAAAAGACACCAGAGAUGCCAAAAAUGCAAAACAGAUGUUUAGAUUUGGUUCAGCAAUGAAAAAAUAGAGCGGAAUCUGUGUUUACUCCACUAGGUGGUUAUUUCAUGUCUUUCCCCCUUAUUUCCAUACGUACCUCUCACCGCGGUGCACUGAUACGCUUUACUCUCUACUCUCGCCCCUGUGUAAAAUUUAUAGCCACCUACCUGCUUCCAGAUUUAGAGAGUGAACCUGCCUUUUAAUGGAAACCCAUCACAACAUAGCAAACCUUUCUGUCAUAGCUUUCUUCCAAAUUUUCUUCAAGAUGAAAACAUAUGGAGUAGGUUUAGCAGUAUAGCGUGCAUUAAUGUGUGUAUGUUGUGUUUUUUUUUUAGAGAAUAUAAAGCUUCAAGAGCUCAUAACAUCAUCCUCGGUGUUCAUUUACUUAAAAUUUUCGUCUUUGAAAAUCAAUUUUCUUGAUAUUACUUUGUGGUGUUACAUCACCUUUGGAAGAAAUGAGUGGUCAAAAGUGUGUUUAAACUUUUAUAUACAGUGUUUUAUUUUAUUUUGUAGGCAUCGGAUGGGCGGCUCUUAUUAAUCAACCCAGCAAAUGUGAGGACAUGUGUGUCUUUGGCCAAAAUGACUGCGCAGCCAGGCCACAAAUAGCCAAAACCCUGUUUCAAAUAGGCCAACCCAGGCUAGAACCAGGCCAGACCCACAGCAAACUGCUCUGUUCCAUGCUGUGCUGUGCUGUGCUGCGCCAUCCCUGGCCAAGACUGACUCAAGUGGCUCGGUGUCCAUUUUUACUUUGUGGAGUCUUCAGUGAGUGCCAAAAGACUGUGCAAAAAAAUGAACUGAGCAGACAAACAAAUGCAGCAGCCAUUUGUGUUUAUCGUGUUUAUAUGUGUAUGUGUACGCUAUCUGUUUGUGUCUCCAUACAUGCACACGUACUGUAUGUAUCCAUCUGUUAACAUGCAUGUGUGUGUGUGUGUUGGCAGCCUGUAACACCAGUGUGUUUUCAUGCCAUUAUAAAUGUGGUGGGACCACUGGACUGUAGAAAUUAGGGUUUGACUGUUUUGGGCAAGGAUCAGAUAGAUUAACCAGUAAUGUUGUCAGCUGCUGGCAUGAUGGAGGUUCCUCCUGACCACAGCUACAUAUAAAUAGUCUUUAUAACAUGAAAGAUGAUUUAAUUUACAGAUUGAAUUCAUUCAUUUAAUAGUUCAACAAUUAUUUUUGUGAAAAUGUGAUUAAUUAAAAGGCAGUAUUAUUCUAAAUUGUUGUUAAAGUUAUAAUCCUUAAGAUGUUUAUUAUAUCAAAACACAUUUCUGAUACUAUUCCACUCACAGGGAAAGACAAAAGCAGGGGCACAUACACAUUUCACUUGAUGUUGUAGUCAACAGUGGGUUAUGAGUUCAGCAUUACUGUUUCAGAUGACUGUAGUCUUCUUCAGUCUUCUUCAUUUAAACUAUGUAAUGUGAAGAAUCAUCGCUGCCCAGUUUUUUUUUUCAGUGAUUCAAAUAUGCCUAGUGCAUGAAAGCUGGAAAAUACAAAUCCGAGCUUGGUAGGCAGGAUUAAAGACUGUAGUUGUGGUUCCAUAAACAUAGGCCUCAUAGCAAGAUGUGAAUAAACAACUGAUUUUGUUUCCGGUUACCGCCUUCGUCUGACGAAACUACGCUGUAACGUAGUUUAUUCACUCCAAACCACUUGAUGGAAAUGCACUAAUUAGCAUAUUCUUUUUUUUUUUGCGACAUUUCAGAAGUUCGCUUCAAACUCACAUGAUAACUAGAUGGAAACACGGCUACUGACGUCAUCUUCCUGUGCCAGCUUUAGCCAGAAGGCUCGCUACUUUUGAUCAAAAACAGAGACAAGAAACAAGUUUGGGUGAAAUCAAUGCAGUCGAUUUACAGAAAUAAAUCUUAAUUCAUUUCUGUCUGAUUAUCAGGAUAGUGAAGAGAAACACAAGCUGCUCUUAUUUUGUUGCUUUUUUAAGUAACCCCUGAGGGACUGUUUUAUUUUGAACGUACCACUGUAACCUAUUAUCAAAAUGCGCUUACGGUUACCAACAGUGACAACAAAUUACCCAGGACUAAAAUCUGACGGAUUAUAACUUUAAACUGCCUUAAAAAGCUGAAAACCAUAACAGAAUUUCAUCUACAUUUUAAUGUCAACUGACGCUUUAAAGCCAUUUCCAAUCAGUGAAGAAGGCUGCAUAUUUGUUUUUGGAAUAACAUUAUUAACAUUUUAAAGGUGUUAAAUUAGAAUCCAUAUCAGUCAAACCCUAGUAUAAAGCAGGAUGGCUGGUAAGAAAGAGUGAAGGAGACAUUGCGUGGCCUUAGGACACGAGGAAGGAGCCCGGCUGGUGUGCUCGUCCCUCAUCCAGCUGCUGAGCCUGUCUGCUCUCUGAAACAGCUGCACGAGUGAACAGGAUUAAUUGAUGUUCAGCUUUGUAUAAUUAAGCAUAUGAAGACAAUGAUCAGCACAGUCAGAAGGGUUCCAUAUUGCACUUGAAAAUGUUUGCAGUGGAGGUGUGCAUGCGGGAGAGAAAGCGACAGCGUGGGUGUUUAAAUAAGCAUAUAUUCUCCAUACUCCAAUUCUUUAUUUCUGUCCCUAUUGUUCACAUGUGUAUUACAUUCAUGUUGGCUUUGAGUACCUGUGUAUCCCUUUUAUUGAAGAAAAAAAACUGUACAAAACAUACAAGAUAUUAUUAAAAUGUUCCUUUAUUUUUCAUGUUUCUCUGUUUGAUUUCUGUUUUCGGUCUUUUUUUUUUUUUUCAAAUUGUAUGUAAUUAUUUUUCCACAGUAUCGCAGAAAAUAAAAGAAGACACAGCUUUCAUACGAACAGCA